AUGCUCUCUCUCUCCUCAGUCCCAUCCUUCUCGGUGGGAUCUAACGUCUUUUUCGCUUUCGCUCUCUGUUCCAUCUCCAUCUUAGUCUUACUCCUCUUACGCCGCUUUUUGACCCUCCGCGCUACUCCCGCCUACUUGAUCGUCCCCGUAUUUCUUGCUCUCGCUUUACCCGCCAGUGUAGUGCUAUUGGUUCCGAUCGAUUUAGCCUCUAGUUUACGAAAUGAUGGUGGUCCGACGGCGAUUUGGCUGCCAGACCGUAUGGUCUUGGUGUGCUGGCGCAUCGCCUACUGGCUAAUAUUUGUGCUCACCUGGGUGAUACUUCCCCUCCUGGGCGAGUACGUCGAUUCCGGUUACCGCGAACCCAAAGCCCGCAUCUUUUACUCCCUCCGCAAGAAUGCUCGGUACCAACUGACCGUCUUGUCCUGUGCGACGGUCGGGUUGAUUUAUGUUUCCAUUUCAAAUGGAUUCGAGUUCACCUCCAUCAAGGGUCUAGUAAUGGCCCUAGCCUAUGUGUGGGGUCUCGUUCUCGCCAUCUAUCUCAUGGGCCACGGCCUGGUAACAAUCCCGCGGAAUCUCUUCCGGAACUCCAAUGUUAGUGGCCGAUUGAGAAGUAUUCAAGCGUAUGCACCAAAGGUGCAUGAUCGCUUGAUGGAUGCGGUCAACGAACUCGAGAGCCUCAACUCGCAGGUUGCUCAGCUUCAACAACGCAAAACUGGAACUGCCCGUGAUUUCCAGGAGUGGAUCGAAGACCUUUCUGAAGGUUCAGCGUCAUCAGAUGUGCGUGUACCUAUUCUCGAGACUCCAGAGACUACCGGCACCGUUCCUGCCGUGAUCACAGAACGCUACCUGGCCGACCUCACAAGGCGGCUGCAGCGCGCACGGCACAUGAAGGCUCGGUUUGUGGAUGAAUGGGAUCGCACAGUACAGCUGGCAACUGACCUUCAAGCAAUCAUCAAUUCUGCUGCUUCUAAAAAGCUCGAAUUCGCCCCUGCUCCCCGCCGAUCAUCCUGCUUCCCCCGUGUCAAGUUUUUGACUCCCUAUAUACGGUACCACCUCUACUAUAAUGUUAUCCCAUCUGUGCGGUUUUUCUUCGGUAUAUUUUUCUCCGCAGUUUCAGUGUGCAUAGUCUGGUCUGAAUUGAUCAAGUCUAUGUCUUGGGGUCCCAAACUGUCCGUCGUGAGCUUGACUGUGGUUCCCAACUAUAAUAACCCUAAGCCUGUUGGCUUUGGCAACCAGGUGAUCGCUUCUGCAUGGCUGUUGUACAUGUGUUCUGCCGCCCUUGUGGGUAUCAGUAACGUCAAAGUCUGGGGUAACCGGGCGCUGGUGCGCCGCAACACUUACGGUGAGAGCGCCUGCUGGUACGCCAGCUAUGUAGCCCGUCUUACCGUUCCAAUCGCCUAUAACUUUUUGACCUUCCUCCCCCGUGAUUUCCGCCAUGCCACUACCUUCUAUCAGUUCCUCGGCCGCCUCAUCAGGCUCACUCCACUUGGCAAGGGGUUCGAUUUCAUCUUCCCAAUCUUUAUUUUGUUUCCCGUCUGUGCAACUCUUUUCAAUCUUUAUGGCCGUAUUAAAAAGGUUUUCGGAUUUGGUCUGUCGGACGAGGACGAUCUGCAGGAUCUCGAAAACAACCCUGCUGGAUAUGGGAUGGGUGGCUGGCGUGAAGGUCGCGAUCUGAUCGAGCGUGAGCUCAAUGGUUUUGGUUCUUUGGCUGUUUCUUCUCGUGGUAACCGCUCGACAUGGGCGUCGGAUCGUAACGAUAGCGAUUCUCGCGGCUCAUCUCGGCUGCGAGUCCCCGCUAGUGAGGGCUCCCGGUCUCCACGAACUGCUCAGCGCCCGGCCAUCGCUCCUACUACCGUCAUAGGUGGUGCAGAGGAGGAAGAGGAGAACUUCUUCCAGUCCUUGGCUCACCGGGUACGCAACACCAUUGAGACUACGAAUACACCACAAUGGUUCCAGGGAGAUCAGUUCCGCCUGCCUCGGUGGAUGUCUGGCGACAAUACCACCACCGAAGACGACGGUGUCUCGAGGCUCUUUGGUGGUCGAACCACUCCUGGUCGGUUGAGACUUGGCUGA